AUCCCUAUUCGGAAAUUGUUGUACACGGUUGAGAUAUCGAUUUUUGCUUUGGAAAACGCGAACCCCCAGCCCCCCAAGAAGCCAGAGGGAGAAAUAGUAGUAACGACAGUCCUUCAAAAAUUACGCAGCCCAAGGUUCUGCGAAAAAAAAUCGAAGCUAGGUGAAUCGCAUUCAGACGCGACGCGACGCAGAGCAGAGCAGCCCAGAACGUGCAGUGCAGGCUAAGCGAGUGAAAGUGCUGGAGAAAAAGUAGAACUCGAAUUAAUAUUCUCUUGCCUUUGGCGUUUGUGACACAGCCUCCAACCUCCAACACACACACACUCACACACACACACGCGCGCGCUGCCGAAGAAGCACCCCCACGGAAGCACCCCCUCAGCAGUACAGCAGUAGCACCCAGCAAAGGCAGAGGCAGGCCACAGCUACAGAGACUGCGGAGACCAGCAGAGAGCAGCAGUAGCAACGCAGCCCAGAGCAGAAAUUGACGAAAAGUGCACGCCGCCCACCGCGUCGUCGUUGAAGCACAGCACAGCCACAGCAUAGCAGAGGCAGCGCAGAGGCAGCAGCAUAAGCAGCAGCAGCAGUAGCAGGCGGACAACCAGGUCCCACAUCCACAUUUCCAUUAGUGACAAGAGGCGGGGAGAGAGAAAAAAAGCAUCACCAUGGCUUUCGCUGGACUAAAGAAGCAGAUCAACAAGGCGAACCAGUACAUGACGGAGAAGAUGGGUGGCGCCGAGGGCACCAAGCUGGACAUGGACUUCAUGGAGAUGGAGCGAAAGACGGACGUGACCGUGGAGCUGGUGGAGGAGCUGCAGUUGAAGACGAAGGAGUUCCUGCAGCCGAAUCCGACGGCGCGUGCGAAGAUGGCCGCAGUCAAGGGCAUCUCGAAGUUGUCGGGACAGGCCAAAUCGAACACGUAUCCACAGCCGGAGGGACUGCUGGCCGAAUGUAUGCUGACUUAUGGUAAGAAGCUCGGCGAGGACAACAGCGUGUUUGCGCAGGCGCUCGUCGAGUUUGGCGAGUCGCUGAAACAGAUGGCCGACGUCAAGUACUCGCUGGACGACAAUAUCAAGCAGAACUUUUUGGAACCCCUUCAUCAUAUGCAGAUGAAAGACCUCAAGGAGGUUAUGCACCAUCGCAAGAAGCUGCAGGGUCGGCGGCUCGACUUCGACUGCAAGCGUCGCCGGCAGGCCAAAGAUGAUGAAAUUCGUGGUGCUGAGGAUAAGUUUGCCGAAUCAUUGCAAUUGGCACAGGUAGGCAUGUUCAAUCUGUUGGAAAACGACACUGAACAUGUCUCACAAUUGGUGACUUUUGCCGAGGCACUAUACGAUUUUCACUCUCAGUGUGCCGAUGUGCUGCGCGGCCUGCAGGAGACGCUGCAAGAGAAACGAUCCGAGGCUGAGAGCCGGCCACGCAAUGAGUUUGUCCCCAAGACGCUGCUCGAUCUGAACUUGGACGGCGGUGGCGGCGGCCUCAUUGAUGACGGCACGCCGUCCCACAUUAGCUCGAGCGCCUCGCCGUUGCCCUCGCCGAUGCGCUCGCCCGCAAAGUCGAUGGCCGUAACACCAUCGCGCCAGCAGCAGCCCUGCUGCCAAGCCCUCUACGACUUCGAUCCGGAGAAUCCCGGGGAGUUGGGCUUCAAGGAGAACGACAUAAUCACGCUGCUCAAUCGCGUCGACGAUAAUUGGUAUGAGGGUGCCGUCAAUGGCCGCACCGGUUACUUCCCGCAAUCCUAUGUUCAGGUGCAGGUCCCACUGCCCAAUGGCAACUAAGCAAAACAGCUAUCGGCUAA